UACCGUUCGAUCACCUCAAGCCAUCAUUAAUCAACUCCCACUAAUCCUUUCCUUAUCCGAACCCAUUAAUACGAUGUCUGAGGAGCACCACCACCACCACCACUUCGGCCACCACCACAAGGAGGAGGAGGAGAAGCGCUUCGACGAAGCCAGCUACCCCACCGGCGGAGGGGACGGCUAUGGUCAAAAGACAGAUUAUAGCGCCUCCGGCGACGGUUACGGCGGAACUGGUGGAGGUUACUCAGAUAACCAAGGUUAUGGAGGCACUGGCGGUUACACCGAGACCACAGAUUAUAACGCCGGCGGCGGCGGUUACUCCGAUAACACGGGGUAUGGCGGCGGCUAUACCGCAUAUAAAACUGAGGAGACUACUGUCGCUGAUUAUGAGAAGGAGACGAAGGAGCAUAAGAAGAAGGAACACUUGGGCGAGGCGGGAGCCCUCGCCGCCGGUGCCUUUGCUCUGUACGAGAAACAUGAGUCCAAGAAGCAUCCAGAGCAAGGGCACAGGCAUAAGAUAGAAGAGGAGGUUGCAGCAGCUGUGGGCGUGGCUUCAGGUGGCUAUGCUUUCCAUGAGCACCACGAGAAGAAGGAAGCCAAGGAAGAGGAAGAGGAGGCCGAGGGGAAGAAGAAGCAUCACUUCUUCUAAUUAAGAGACUUGUUUGUUUAUCCACUUUAAUUAAUUAUGCUUACAUGUUUGGUUUUUGGUUACAAAUCUGUUUGUAUCCUGCUUGCAUGUUAUCUUUGUCGCUGUGUUGAUGAUUUCCUGUGGUGUUUUACUGAGUUGUUUUGUAAAUAAGAGCCGAGUUUUGUGGGGCUCUCUUUUCUACUCAAUCUAUAGUAGCAUUUGCUUUGUCUGUUACUAUCCUUUGAUGUUAAAUGAUGUGGGCCAUUGAAUA